AGAAGAUAAAACGCGUUUGAUGCACAGAAGAUCUUCUAGCUUGGCCUUGGACAAGAUUGGAUCGCCGCGAAUCGACAACGAGGGCUUCGCGAAUCUCAUCCGCCGCUGCGCUGCCGCCGGGGAUCUCGACGAGGGGCGCCGGAUCCACGCACAGAUCAAAGCUCACAGCUGUGGCUAUGGCGGCGAGAGGUAUCUUGGGAACCUCUUGGUGGAGAUGUAUGGCAAAUGCGGCAGCGUGGAUGACGCGCUCCUCGCGUUCCAUGGCAUCCAGCGCAAGAACCUCUUCUCCUGGAACAUCAUGCUGGGCGCGCUCGUCCACAACCGGCGCGGCGCGCAGGCGCUGGAUCUAUUCCAGGAGAUGGAUCGCCACUCGAUCGAGGCGUCCAACGUGACGUUUGUGACGCUCGCGGGCGCGUGCUCCGAGCUGGGGGAUCUCUCGCGCGCCAAGGCCCUCCACGCCCGGAUCGCCGCCACCGAGUUUGCGGCCCAGACGAUCGUGGGGAAUGCGAUCGUGGGCAUGUAUGGGCGGUGCCGGAGCGUGAUCCACGCGCGGCAGGCAUUCGAUCGGAUCGAAAACAAGAGCGUGAUCUCGUGGAACUCGAUCAUCACUGCAUAUGCCCAGAAUGGGCAUUCCAAGGAGGCGCUUGGGAUGUUUUGCGCGAUGGAUCCCGAGGGCGUCAAGCCCAACAGGGUGACUUUCCUCGCAGCGCUGGACGCUUGCUCGAUCGAGACCGAGCAAUCCAGCAACCUGGGGCGAGAGAUCCACUUCAGGAUCAUCGAGUCGGGGUUAGAAUCCGAGGAGACGAUCGCCAACAGCCUUGUAAACAUGUACGCGAAGUGCGGUAGAUUCGAUCAAGCCUUGCGGUUGUUCCAAAAGUUUCUUCCUGGGACUGUGGUGUCGUGGACCGCGAUGAUCACUGCAAAUGCCCAUUGGGGGCAUGGACGAUCCAGCAUCCGGCUGUUUGGCGAGAUGGAUCUCGAGGGCAUCGCGCCGGAUGAGAUCACUUGCAUUAGUGUUCUUGACGCGUGUGCGAGAGAGAGAGACCUCGAUUGGGGCCGGGAAGUGAUCGAGCUCGUUUUUGAGCGAGGUUUCCAGCACCACGUUGUGGUGGCCACCGCGAUCGUGAGGCUGUAUAGCGAGAGUGGCGAUCUGGAUCGCGCGAGAGAGGUUUUCGAUUCGAUCGAGAGGAGCAAGAGGACGGAUGUGUCGUGGUCGACAAUGAUCCAAGCGUAUGCCCAGCACGGUUUUCCCAGAGAAUCCAUCGAUCUGUUUGACGAGCUCUCCGUGGAGGAGAAAGAAGGCCAUCGAAUCAACGAGAUGGCGAUCGCGGCGGCACUGGAAGCAUGCGCAAUGGUGUCGGAGUGGAAGCGAGGAAGAGAGAUCCAUUCUCGAGCUAAGGCGAUGGGCUUUGAUCGAUCGUCCAGCGUCGUAGGCUCCGCGCUCGUCAGCUUCUAUGGCCGCUGUGGAAAUCUCAAAGAGGCGAAGCAAGCUUUCUCCAUGGCUGCGAGGAGAGACGUGAUCUCCUGGACAGCGAUGGUGUCGGCAUUUGCUCACCAUGGCUGGGGCGAGGAAGCGCUCGAGAUCUUCCACGCCAUGAUCCUCGACGGUGUUCUUCCCAAUUCGGUCACGCUCCUCAGCGUUCUCGCGGCUUGCAGCCACUCCGGCCUGCUCAAGACAGCCCGCGAGAAGUUCGUGUCAAUGGGCAACGAUUUUGGGAUCCAUCCACUGAGCGAUCACUACGAUUGUCUCGUCGAUAGCCUCGGGCGAGCCGGGAGGAUAGGAUCCGUGGAGGAGAUGCUGGAGUUCAUGCCCUUCCAUCCGGGGGCUGUGGUUUGGAUGAGCUAUCUCUCGGCCUCCAAAGUUUUGGGGGAUCUCGUGAGAGGGGAACGAGCGGCAAAGAUGCUGCUUGAUCUCGAUCCGGGGAACUGCGCAGCGUAUUUAGUGGUUUCCAACAUGUAUGUCUCUACUGAGAACGAGGAAUGACCUUUGCUUGUACAAACAUCGAAUCCAGAUGAGACCUACCAGAUGGACCGUUCGCCCUUCCAGAUUCCACGGAUCAAGUCUAAAGCAAGCUUUUGGAGUGUUGACUUCUCAAAAGCUCGUAACUCAUGGCUUCUGAUAAUAUCAAUUGAUUAUACUACUUAAAGACAGUGUAAUUAAUUCCAGUUUUUGUGCAUUUGGAUAAAAAACAAUUCGGUCAAAUGGUACUAAGAUGUAUGUUAACACUCUGAAAUUUUACUAGUAAUGUAUUGCACUUUUGCUUA